UCCCUCUUGAUCCCCUUUUAGCUUCUCCAUAAAAAUAAUGGGUCCUGUGGACUCCAGUGUGGAAAAUCCUGCUAAGAACACUUGUUUGGCGAUGUCAAUUUAAUACUUCUUAUUAUUAGCAAAUAGUAGUUGACUUUUAAAUUACCAUCUUUCUUUAAUUACCCUGCAAAUCUUCGACUACAACUUACUACAAUUUCAUGUCCUUACUUACCUUCUAAUCAAAAUUGUUUCUUCCCAGCAAUUUUUAACCCAUACAAGUGUAUAACUGUAAAUAAACUACAUGCUUUUCUGUUUCUUUCACACAGCUACAAUUCUAAUAAGGAAACAACAAAGUUGACCUCUGCUUUACUAAGACACAUUCAGGAGCAUGGAAACACCACAGUUUAUCAGUGGAGGACUGGCAAGAUGCCUUUGGUAUGUUGUUUUUUUCCUCAAUAUGCUCUCACAGUUGUUUGAGUCCUUUAUUCAAGGCAUAGACUACAUGUAGCAUCAGUAUUUUUCAAGUAAUGAUCUCAGUAGAACUUACGGCAUUUUCUUUUGUUGUUCUAGUCCAGCAAUAAAAUAUUACUAUGCUUUCCUAAAUUGUCAAACAGAGAAUGCAUUAACCUACAAAAGCAAUUUACAGAAUAAAACGUAAUUAUUGGAACCCCAAUGUGAAAGGAGGAUGUUUCUUUGUGUUAAAACAUUCAACUAAUCAAUUAAGAGUUGCAAGCAAUACAGUACUGUAACCAUGAACAUUUUACAAAACGAUUUAUAUCAUGUAAUGUUUGGAUGGGCACUUGUUCAAGGCAAACACUGAUUUGAGGCUAGGUGCUCAUUGAAUUUUCACCAGUUACAGACGUUACACCAAGUAGUAAGUCUAAAUUGCAAGAAAGCAAUAUGUAAUAACAAAACUCGAGAAUAGAUGUAUCAAAGCAGAAUUUUAACGGUUCAUUGAAAGUUUCGUUAAUAAACGAAAAAAACAAAUUACUUCAGUCUGUUGGAAAGUCUCUUACAAAAGAAUAUUUAGCACUUGCCAAUUUUAAUCUUUUAGUUAGUAAGGGCAAUUUUUUUGAGGGGGGGUAGGGGUGGGAGCUUGGGGCUGUUUUACGGCUGGCCAAUUGAUUUUGUUUAUAAUGCCCAUUACGUGUCUGUAUUCGCUGUGGGCCUUAAGAAAUUACUGUACUUGUGAAUGGCAAAAGCACAGCUUUCUUCCAAAAAAGGAAUUUUUCCUAAGCAUUAAAUCAAACGAUACAUACAACAAAAAUGAACUUUGAAAAACUGUUAGGCUAACACCAUAGCCGCAAUCUGAUUUAACCUUCUUCCAGUUUAUUCAUUCGUGGCCCCUUUUGCAUUUGCUGUUUCAUUUAUAACUUUGUGAGUUUUCCCCGACAUAUCAGUAAAUGAGUUGUCGUCUCUUCUGUAAACUGUCUUCUAAGUCAUCCGUGUUAGACCCGAUUCCGGCCAUCUUAAUGAAAGAGUGUUAUGACACCCGGCCUGCUAUCUGUAGUUACUCAACACUGCGAUUGUACCUACAGCCUUCAAAGAAGCUGUCGUUGACCCAUACUGAAAAAGGACUCUCUAGAUCAUGAAGUAUACAAGAACUUCAGACCUAUUUCGAACCUAAGCUUCAUUUCCAAAGCCACCGAGAAGGUUGUAGCUGUGCGUCUCAAUUAUCACCUUAAGGAUGCAAGUCUACAUGAGUUUUUUCAAUCAGCAUAUAACAAAGGCCAUAGCACUGAAACAGCGCUUACGCGAAUACACAAUGACAUUCUACGUGCCAUUGACGAUGGAGAGUGUGUUAUAUUGGUGUUACUAGACCUCUCAGCGGCGUUCGACACGGUAGACCACGACGUUCUCAUCACUAGGCUAAAACAUCGUUUCGAAAUAAGUGGGAAAGCCUUAGGAUGCAUGGAUACAGCCUUAUCUAUCCGGAAGGACCCAGUUCGCAAAGAUCGGAACUGAGCGCUCAUCGAGCCGGAAUCUCUUUUGUGGUGUUCCCCAGGGCUCAGUGCUAAGUUCCAUCCUGUAUUCCAUGUACACCUCACCACUCACAGACAUCAUCAGUAAACACAACAUGAACCAUCAUUUUUAUGCUGAUGAUAGCCAAAUUUAUUUGUCUUUCAAGGCGAGUGCUGCUGGCAAACCGACUACAUCCAAACUGCGCAUUGAGUGAUGCAUUCACCAUGUUAACAACUGGAUGUCAGCCAAUAAGUUGAUGCCCAAUCACACGCCCGUCAUCCACCACAGCCCCCGCUAGAAUCUAUUCUUGUUUGCUUAGAUGUGAUCUACUCAUCGAACUCAGCAAAGAACAUCGGUGGGUGGUUUGACACUGUCAUGUCUGUGGACAAACAAAUAAGCAGCAUAUGUCAGUCUGCUUUCUACCACUUGCGCAACAUUGCUCAAAUCAGUAAACAUAUCUCUUUCCGUCAUUGUGAAACUUUGAUCCACGCAUUCGUAACAUCCAAGAUUGACCACUGUAAUAUACUACUCUCAGGUCUUAAGCAGGAUCACUAGUCCGAAAACUCCAGUAUGUCCAGAAUUCAGCAGCCCGACUUCUAACAGGCUCACGUAAACUCGAGCAUAUUACACCUGUGCUAAGAGAUCUACAUUGGUUACCCGUUCAUGAGCGUAUUCGUUUUAAAAUUUUUGCUAAUGACUUUUAAAUGCCUUGAUCAACUAGCGCCACUCUAUCUAAGUGACCUCUUAAUUCACUAUAGACCAUCAAGGACAUUACGUUCGUCUGAUAAAGAACUACUGAUACAGCCCCGCUGCCAUCUUAAAACAUAUGGGGAGCGAGCUUUCUCCUUUAUUGCCCCAAAACUAUAGAAUACCCUCCCAUUAAGUAUAAAACGUUGUGAGUCAGCAGAAUCUUUUAAAUCCACUCUUAAGACGUACCUUUUUAGAAAUUAAUUUAAAAUUGUAAGAAUCAUUAAUUGAUUUUUAAUGUUACUUAGUUUUCUUUAUCAUUCACUGUUGUAAAGCGCUGUUGGUUCAGCAGAGAAACAGCGCUAUAUAAGAAGAUUAUUAUUAUUAUUUUAACUUUUUGAGCAGUUUUUUUUAUUUAUGUUUCACUCAGUUUGGUGACAGUUCCGACUGUUUGAAUUUUGAUAAAUUUUGUGACCCAGCUCCUUUACGUAAUCACUUCAGUAAAUUCAGGCAAUUUUGUGUCAAAAAAGUUAUUUGGUAAACCAGAGAUAAAUAAUAUACAUCCUGCUCUUUGAUGUACCCGUAAAUAACAUUGUGUUAUUUAAAUCAAUUGGAGUAGUACACACAUACUGUAGUAACAAUCUUCUGUAUUCCUUGCCGUUGAUGUUAUCCUUCUCAUCAAAUUGGGCUGUUAUUUAAAAUUCUUUACCUUGUUAUCGUUCCCAUAGGUUGUUGUUGCAGACAAAAGGCCUGAGUGUUCAGAAGUAAAAACAGAACAGAAUAAUGAGGAGGUGAGUUACUAAAGAGACUGUCUUCCCAGUGUAGAAACAUAAAUAAAUAAGUAAAGGCAUAACAGCCCUGCACAAGAGGUUUGUUAUAAUGACAUUACGAGUCUUCAUAACCAAUGCUUAACUGACAAACGACCCGGCAUAACAUCGCGACUUAAUUGACCUAUCAGUUCAAUAACCAGAGUUUAAUAUCAUCGACUAACGUGAUGCCACUCACUUUGACUCUGAAGAUUACUACCGCACAGGUGAAACGACAGUCACUGUAAGGAACAACAGUCCUAUUCAGACGUUCACCCGGACGAUAAUACUCAACCUACUUAGGUUUUUUACAAUAGGCCAUUUUACAGUUAUGGAUGGAAGCGAGGCUGAGGAUGACCUUGUUUUGAUACAAACCUUCCUGCUUUAUCAUGUAAAUCAAUUUAUUCUUAUGCUUACUAGUAUUUUUCAAGAACAAUUUCCAUAACAAAGCAAAGAAGGUUUGUAUCAAAACAAGGUCACCCUCACCCUCGCUUCCAUCCAUAACUGUAAAAUGGCCUAUUUGAAAUUUUCACAUGGAGCUGAUACAACUAUAUAAUCAUGUUUAAAAUAGAUCCUUUACUAUCUCUGUUAUACAGUGUAGGCGGCCACUUCAUACAAAUCAGUCCAUUUCCAAGUUCCAAAACUCCCACUUUCAAAACGAGGCUGCUGCAAAACCUUCUUUUGUGAAAACGAGUUUUAAUUGAAUGAGAACAAAAAAUCAUUUCCUUAUCAGUAGCUUCAAACUUAGCCUCGCAUUGAAACAGAAGCUUGGGGCAACUCGAUAAUGGCCUAAUAUCUGUUAUGCUGGCCCUUGUUGCUAACGCAAUAUUUAAUAUUGCGGGCGACAAGAUGUUAUUACGCAUGCGUGGCAUGUAUAUAGCCAGCAUUCGUUAGGACUUCCAUUGAGAAUGAAUAGAAUGCACAAAACGCAAUUUUGAUCAUGCGCAUUUGGACUUUCUAUCACUCGUCAUCUGAACGCGCGUGUUUUAACCAUCUGCCACGUGAAACGUACGCAAGGCACAGCGUUUGAGCAAAAGCGUUUUGACCUUCGAUCGUUGUCGCCCGUACUCCAUAACCUUGUUUUAUAUUUUACUUCAUCUCACAGAUAGACUGGGGCAUUGAGGCUGUUUCCAGCACCAAUGAUGACACUGGCAAUAUUGAUUGGGGUGAGGGAGAUGAGAAGACAUCAGAGGGUAUUGACUGGGGUGACAGUGGUGACGCUAUAGACUGGGGUACUGACGGAGGGCAAACAAGCUCUGAGGAGGCCGUGAUAGACUGGGGAGAGAAUGAUGUUACUGAUGGAGGCGUCGCACUUGAUAGUAGUGGAAUUACACUGGAAGAUUCUGGUCAAGGUAAGGAGCGUCGCUGUAUAAUGACAAACUUCUUCAAGGAACUGUGUCACGAAAUUUAUCAGUUCUGAACUUUGAACGGCUAGGAGAGAGGGAGGGGAAAGUGCCUAAUCUCCUCUGCGUUUUCCUUCCUUUCCCCUCCCCUCUUGAGGCCUGUUAGGUAGGCUAUCGUACGGUUAAAGUGGUUCGGAACACCACCCGCCAGUUAUUCUCCGUAAGCUUCAUUGGCUACCUGCCCUUGGGUAAACAUAUCUUUUUCUUAAAAUUUCACUCAUCACUUACAAAAUUUUAAACGGUUUAGCAACCAAGUACUUGUACUUGUACUUGACUGAUCCACUGAUUUGUCAUCAACCGUUUAGGUGUCUUCGUGCCCAAUGCUACUAAUAGAGACCUUACGAUCAGACAACGGUGACGUCCUUGAAAACGUCGCUGAAAAAUAGACUUCAGAUCCUUUCAAACCAUUUCGCGUUUAUUCCACGACGCCCAGUAACUUAAAAGAAAGGAAUUUAUGUUGGAGCUGAAGAGAGAAGACCGCACAUGAGUGCAGACAGACAUGGUAGAAUUUAUCGCCUUGCCAUUCUUGUCCUCAAGUAAACUUAAAAUUUGGUCAUUUCACGUCGUAGUUGUACAGGGACGGCCAAGAAAUGUAUAAAAAAGCGUGAUGCACGUGCAGAAUUGUUGUUUUGCUCAUUAAACCUGUUGCUUUUAUGACUUUGCCGUUGCCGUUCGUAAGGUACCACAGAACAGUGUUUAGCCGGCCUGACAAUUGCGGUCGUCGCCAGCUUUUUCAUCUUGCGCGCCAGCGCCUUAAAACAAUCUUCCUCUUGAUGUGAAGGACGUCCUUUUCUUUUCAUCUAUUAAAAACAGGUAUUUUUAAAUUUCGGGUUUUAAAUCCUCCUUAAAGGAAGAACAGGGUGCAAAGAAAACUCUUCCCUACGAUCUGAAUGCCUGAAGCAGGCCAACCUCCCAAUCACUAUAUAAAAAUUAUAAGAGGUAGAUUCAGCUAAGACAACGAGACCUCACUAUAGUGACAAUGGCGCGUGCAAUACUGAAAACCGAACUGUCCAAUGACAGGGCGGCAAACUGAGCACCAGAAUUAGCGCUCAGUCCUUUACGCGCGCUUUCGCGUUAUCCUUUGAUGAUGUGUUGUCUAUGCUAAUUCUGACCAAUUAUAAUUCACCUGUAACUAUUAUUGGGGAUAGGCUUUUUUGAGCUAGCAUGCAACCUUCGUGUUUUUCCAUUCCAUCCAGACAAUAGUACAGUUCUAUUAGAAACUAAACCCUUUAUUUACUUGUUUUGUAUCUGUUAGAUGGAGAAGUUAUCAGUGGACCAGAUGCCGAGACAUUAAUGGAUACAACUCAAACUCGAAAUCUUCUGAUUGAUGAACUGUUGGAGGUACAGGCCGGCUUCAUAUCUAUUGUUCUAAAUUAUUUUUUGGGUCUUUUGCUUUCUAUAAAAGGACUAUGGAGGGGUACGCAUUUGACUCUCUUUACUUCCGAAAACUGCUAUCCGUUGAACUGUUGCGAAGUCAGAGUUGGUCACUUACAGAGAGUAAGAUACACUAGCCAUUCCCUCCCUUCAAUUGGUUUUGCACGCAUAAUUUUAUUUUUCGUUCACGCUUUAAGAACGGCAGAUACACUGCUUCAGUUGACGUAACUUUCUAGGGUUCCGACGACAGUUUGUGCGACGUACCUCUGGCGUUCGGUCGACAAUGCUCUGGUCUUUGGGCGACUUGACAAGUUUUUUGCUUCCAUCAUACCUUUAACCUUGAAGAAGUUGUUUUAAUAGCUUAAAUGAUCGACUUGUUUGCCCUGUAAAACACAUCAAUGAUUAAGUCGGGGAUUCAAGGAGGAAUGACUUUAGAAAAUAUUUUUCGUCUUAUUGUUUCCUAGGCAGUGCACUGACAUGUGUUUAUUUUUUAUCAGCUUCAGGGAUUUCUCCGUCAAAGACUAGUGGAAAUGAAGAGCGAUUCUGAUGUUCUCUCUGCAAAUCAGGUACCUUAAAGAUGGUUAAGAACACUUGAAGUGUGUUAUAUAGUGAUUCUAUGUCAUGCCUUUCUGUAGAUAGCAGAUCUCUUAUGGUUUUUGAGCGGUUUUCUUUCAAAUGCCGUAAAAUUCCGAAAAUAAGCCCUGGGGCUUAUAUUUUUCAAAGGCCCUUUUUGAGGGGCUUAUUUUUGGAGGGGUUAUAUUCGGAGGGGCCUAUCUACGGGGGAAAUUUGCGUUUCAAAAUUGAUUGGGCUAGCCUUAUAAAUGGAAGGAAAUUUACCGUUUUUGCUUUGUUCUAAUUUGUAUAUGAGGGGAAUUUCCUAGUACAAGCCUCCCGUGGGGCUUAUAUUUGGAGGGGCGAUUUAACGGAAGGUGUUUUGCGUUACGAGCUUGGGGGGCUAAUAUUUGGAGGGGCUUAUACAUGGAGGGGCUUAUUUUCGGAAUUUUACGGUAACAUGGUCAAAUUUGAAAACGUGGAUUCAUUGCUUGCAAGUCUUCCUAAGCAGUCCACAGUAAUUUCUAUCCUGACCAGGCUAUUGAUACAUUAGAUUUCCAUUGUUACAACUUGAAAGUAUAAAAAGCUGGGUGUCAAACUUUGAAGUCGGCUUCACAUGUGACGAACGUGAUGCAUAUGAGUAAAAUCUAUUGUUCUUGAUCAUUAGUAUCAGGUCUGGCACAUGUGAGGAAGUUCGAUGUUUGAGUCAAGCCAGGUAAUAGUUAAAGGGGUAUGUCACGGGUAAAUUGCUGUUUUAGAUCAAUUCUAUGCUUGUGUAGAGUUAUCAUGAAGAUUUCAAACAAAUUUUCUAAGGGAGCAUUAACAAUAAUAGGCUGAUUUAGCAACAGGACGGGAACGUCAGUUGACGACGGGAAAGCGCGCGGAAAGGACUAAACACGACUUCCGGCGCCCAAUUUGCCGCUCUGCCAUUGGUCAAGCCAGUUGUUUGAUUUACGCGCGCCGUCGUCAACUGACGUUCCCGUUCUGUUGCUAAAUCAGUCUAAUAUUUCAUUGGUGUGUUUUCAGGCAUUUCAUUGAAACUUGAUAACGUUGGCAAAAUUUUUUUAAGUUUUAAUCCUUCUCCUUCUCUACCAACCUUUACCACAGACGACAGUGAACAGUUUCAACGCCUAAAUAUAGUGUUUAGGCCUGUUUACAUGGAGGUGGGAGACCCCAGGUAGGUGAGGUAACUCGCGGCUGGUCACCCCACCUAUCAUGUAAACGUGAUCAAAUGAAAAUGAGAGAUUAUAUGGAAAAGCGGUUUACCCCACCUAAGCGGGUUACCUAGCCUUCCUGGGGUCCCCCACCUCCAUGUAAACAGGCCCUAAAAUAACAAAAGUGGGCGAGAAAAGUUUAAGCUUUUUUUAAAAGAGAGCAAAUAGCGUUACAUAGCCUUAAUCGCCUCUUUAAUCUGAGGUCAAUUUAAUAAAACUUUUAUAAGUAAGAUUUACAACAAUGGCUACACUUGUAAAUUACACUCAGUUACACAAUUAGGUGUAAAAAGAUUCAUACAUUUUGUACCCGAAUAAAUUUUGUCUUCGGCAAAUAAAGAUUAUUGAUUUGUAUUGUACCUAUAAAAGUUUUUAUUAAAUUGACCCCUGGGUGUCACACUUGUAUGUUCAACAGUAUUAACAUAUAACAGCACCGUUUCUUUUCUUUUGAAUUGUAAUUCUUCUCCAAUUUUCUCAGUUUAAUUCUUGUGUUUAAUUAGUUUGCUUCAGCGCCGCAGUUGAUUCAGAUGCAGUCUGUUGAGUCCGUGAAAGCCAUGGAAUCAGCUGUUACUGAUGUGCUAUCAACACUCACCUCAAUGAAGAUGCAUAAUCUGUUUUUACUGAAGACGUCACCCAGGUAUUUCCCAGACCCCAGCUGUUGUCUGUCCAUUGGAUAAUGCAUUUCAUCACUUUAGAAUCAUAAAGGAAACUAGGUCGAGUUAACUUGGGAAAAGACGAGUGGGACUGUUACUAGGGACAGGGAAACAAACUGACCAAUAGCUGAACGGCGCGUCGCCAGUAACGAUCCCAGAGGCCAUUGCGGUGUUCCAGUCCCUUUCUCGUUUGUAAAGUAGCGAAAUGGUUUCACUUAUAUAUCUCCGCUGGAUAGUCAUUCAUCUGGCCCCAUUUGUUCAAAAGGUGGAUAGCGCUAUCCACUGGAUAAAUCUCUAUCCACUGAAAAGCGGAAUUGGUUUCCCGGAUACUUAUCUGCUGGAUAGUGAUUUAUCCAAUGGAUAGCGCUAUCCAACGUUUGAACAACCUGGGAAUGGUGGACAGUUCUGUCCAACGUUUAAACAACCAUGUCCAGGUCUCUAGGCUACGAGUAUAACAUCUUUUUAUUUAACCGCACGCUCGCGUUAUUCACCAACUCAACAGUUACCUUUUCUUCUCUGUAUCACCAAACAAGAAAAUGAUUUCACCGUUAACCAUCGUAAGAUUUAGAUUCAGUUAGAAGAGACACUAAAAGCUAACGCCUUUGGUUUUGCAAAAAAAAAAUUCCAAUUGGCAAUUGGUUGUUUCAGAUACUUGGACCGUUUAGCAGACUCAUUGCAGCAGAAACUCAAAGUAUCCGAGAAGUUAGUGGCAUCCAGCAAGGUGAUGGCUGAAAAACGAUUGGCCGCUUCCAAAGAACAGAUUGACUUGGAACCAAAACUGGAGGUUAUUAGAAGCAAAACCAAGGAACUACAAGGACAGGUGUGUGUUCUCUUACACAAUUUUUCACUGCUUUGGUUCCAAAACAUAACUUUUGAAAAACCGUUGGUUUGUCUAGUCAUAGGUGUUGUUUGCUUACAUUCCAUUCAUUGAAAACUCUAUCGUUGGAACCAUUGGGAAACUUAAAAACAAAAAGGCAAGGACAACAUCAUUAAGGCAUCAUCAUCACAAUCAUCUAUAACGAGGACAAGAACAAUCCCAAUAGCACUUACGUCCAAUAAUCCACAUAUUCCGGACCUUGGGUACUACAUAUUACCCAAUUAUUUGUUAUCGUUUCCCUUUGCUUUCAUGUGUGAUAGAACCGCUCCCGUUUAGGUCAGAAUAAGCGCGGCGGGGCACUCCCAGAUGAAAAUGACAGGGAUAUUCUUCUAAGGCGUAGAAAUUACUGGUUUUGGUGUCAGGGUGUUCAGGACGAAAAGAAAGAAAACAAACAAAUGCCGUCAUACUGCCUUGGAGUAUGGUGUCCCCUAGGGGUCAAAUAAAGCCUGAGUCAGGCCUACGAUCGGCAGCGACAAAAUUAGUUGAGACACUUCUCCCUAACGGGGUUUUCUUACGUUUUACUGACUUCAAAAGGGGAAAAUAAAGCUUUUCUUCCCCCAUCCCCUUCUUGCAAUGUUGUGCCACUGUUCAAGCUACCUGUAGAAAACAACAAACACCCCAACUUUGAAUGGAGGGGAGGGCGAUUGUUCUCUGAAGUUACCCUAUUUGAAUACAAUGUCUCAACAAUUUUGUCGCCGUUUGGAGACUGGUCUUCUUUAGGAAUCAAAUAAAGCCUGAGCCAGGCCUAGAUUGGUCGCUCUUGUGGGUUUGAUUUUAAUGUUUUAAAGACCACCCCGUCUGGGAGUCACAUGGGAGUUCCCUUGGGAUUAGGGUUGGGGGACACUGGUUAUGUCGCAGUUGAAUGUCAUUAGCAUAACUCGUCAAUAAGAGCCUCAAUGAGAAGUUAUAGGCAAUGGGCAAGGUUGACGUAAUGGUUAGAGCAAUCACCCGUCACCAAUGUUGUCCGGAUUCAAAUCCCGGCGUCUACAACAUGUGGGUUGAGUUUGCUGUAGGUUGUCUCCUUUGCUACUCCGGUUUGCUCCUGCAAAUUCCAAUUCGAUCAGGAAUCAGGUAGAUGAAGAACCACGACGUGGAUGCGCUACCUCUAAAUCGGAGUUUAUUUAUUUAUUUGUUAUUUAUUUAUGAAGUUAUUACACAUAAGGUUUUUCUAAAAUUAUGAUAUUUUGGAUUGUUGAGCUAAGUAAACACAAACUACCCGAAAAAAAAUAGUGCUUCUUAUUUUGGUUAACAUUUAUUUGCAAUCGUACGAACAACCUAACACGUUGACCUUCAUAUCCUCUCAUUCAUAAUUAAAAAUAUGUUUGAUAUUUCUCAUUUUUUCCUUUUCAGAUCGCUGGCGAAAUUUCCAAGAAAUACAAAAAUAGACCAGUAAACAUUAUGGGCGAAAUAAAUACUAUGUAGCAAAUUAUUUAUUGAAGCGAAAAUAGAAAACGACGG